AUGGCGCUGUGCCAGAACCGGCUACAGGAGGAGCGGAAGCAGUGGCGACGGGAUCAUCCGUUUGGCUUCUAUGCGAAACCCGCGCGAACCAAGGAGGGUGUGCUGGACCUUAAGAACUGGGAAUGCGGCAUACCCGGCAAGGAAAAGACAAUCUGGGAGGGCGGCCUCUUCAAGCUGACGAUUGCGUUUCCCGAUGAAUACCCCACGAAGCCCCCCAAAUGCAAGUUUGUUCCGCCGCUGUUCCAUCCCAACGUCUACCCGUCUGGCACCGUGUGCCUGUCAAUUCUCAACGAAGAGGAGGCAUGGAAGCCCGCCAUCACGGUCAAGCAGAUCCUCCUCGGCAUUCAAGACCUCCUCAACGACCCCAAUCCCGAGUCGCCCGCCCAGGCCGAGGCCUACAACUUGUUCAAGCGAGACCGAGUCGAGUACGAGAAGAGGGUCAAGCGCGUGGUGCGCGAGAAUCCGGCGCCCUGA